AUGUCGGGAGAUCGUUCUUGGAUGUACUGUCGAUUACAGAAUGGAUUCAUUACAACUGAAUUUGUAAAUGGAGUUACUGAAUUUAUUAAUUUUGCAUGUUCGAAGACUACAUUUAUGUGGAAGAAUAAAAUUAGAUGCCCUUGCACACGAUGUAGUAACAACAAGUUCUUAGAUAAAGAUAAAGUCACAGAACACAUCCUAAACCGAGGUUUUACUGGGGCUUACACAAUUUGGAGUUUACAUAGGAAACAUGAUGUUGGACAAUCAUCAAGAAGCAAAUCUAGAGUCGAACCAUCCCUUAGAUUUGAGGGAGAUGCUGUUUUUCGAGAACUUACAUAUGAAGAUGAAAUAGAAAAUUCAUAUACUAGAAUGGUUAGGGAUGCUAUGUGUCCCGAAGUUGCUUUCAACCAUGGUUCUGAAAAUGAGUUGAGCUUUAUGGAAGAAGAUCCCAAUCCAAAUGCAUCUUCUUUUUACUCUUUGUUAAGCAAUGCAGAGGAACCUUUGUGGGUAGGUUGCACAAAGCACACAACGCUUUCAGUUGUGUCGCAACUUUUAAAUGUUAAGGCUGAGUACAAUUUGAGUGAAUCAUGUUUUGAUCAACUGUUGGAAAUAAUAAAGAAUAUGUUGCCAUCUGAUGAGAAUUUACCUAUCGACUUUUAUAGGAUGAAGAAGAAGGGAUGCUAUGCAUCCCGAAAGGAACCUUUAUGGGUAGGUUGCACAAAGCACACAACGCUUUCAGUUGUGUCGCAACUUUUAAAUGUUAAGGCGGAGUACAAUUUGAGUGAAUCAUGUUUUGAUCGACUGUUGGAGAAAAUAAAGAAUAUGUUGCCAUCUGAUGAGAAUUUACCUAUCGACUUUUAUAAAAUGAAGAAGAAGGUAGCAAAGCUUGGUUUGGGAUAUAUCAAAAUUGAUGCUUGCAAGAACAAUUGCAUGUUAUUUUAUGAGCGAUUUGCUACAUUUCAGCAUUGUCAGGUAUGUGGACAUCCUCGGUAUAAACAGAGGAAUUUAAGUGUGAGAAGGCAGAAAAAAAUUCCAUACAAGAUUUUGCGUUACUUGCCACUUAUACCGAGGCUUCAAAGGCUUUAUAUGUCAUGUAAAACUGCUGAACAUAUGACGUGGCAUGCGCAACACCAUAGUGAUGAUUGA